AUGCGGAUUAUAUUCCUGGAUUGGUCCUUGCCGGAUGCAGGACAAGCUGGAGAAAGCGUAAUUGAAAGACGCCUUAGGGGUAAUGGCAAGCUAAAACCUAUACGAGUAAACGCCGGUCGAAAAGAUUUCGACGAACUGCAAACGUUGAAGAAGAAAUACUCGAUGCUGUUCAGUUAUCUCCUACUACAAGUACCAGAAGAUUCUCACGUCGUUUCGAUGUGA